UAUCGAUCCAUUGUAUUUCUCGCUGGAUGGAGUUGUUCGUCUCAGAUAUUGCUUUUGCUAGCGAACACAAUUCGCUGUUCCGCAGUUCCAAUACUAGCAUCGUUUGCUCAGGACACGGUGCGAUUCUUCAGUUAAAGUGUUGCUUGAGAUGUAUAUAUCGGAUGACAGUGGAUUGUGAUGGAUUUUGGGGAACUGAUGGAAGUACAAUUAUAUGGAAUGGUGUGGCUUUUGCUGCCAUUGGGACGUUGUCGCAGUUAAUAACGUGUUAUUGUUAAACAAGUAUGUUUGUAGAUAAACGCUAAGUAAAAAUAAUUAACUUUCAAAAAGAAGACUGAUGAAGGUUACACGUAUUUGUUAAUUGUACAAUUCAGGCUUGUCUUGCCGUUUUAAGUGAUUUAUAAAUACAGCGAUUAAGAAAAGCAUUUUGCGUCAUGAGAUAAUUGAAUAUUCAAGUAAUGUAAGUGUUCUAAUUACCGAGACAAAUUGAUAAUAUUGUAAAUCAAAUGUGUAUACGUGUAUAAAUUAUUUAAUCACAUAAUUUUAACAGUGUUUGAAGAAUUAUUAAAUUACAACAUAGCAUUUUUAAGACAUGCGGGCGAACGGAUCAUUUGGUCGAUUCUGUCUCGUUGUGUUAGUUGUCAUGACAAUCCGACCGAUUUCCGGAUUCAAGGGUAGGAAUCUUACUAUUGGCGGGAUAUUUCCCAUGUCCGGCAGCUGGGCCGGGGGUCAAGGAUGUUUACCUGCGGUGCAAAUGGCUCUGGAGGAUGUGAACAAGCGAACCGACCUCUUAACAGACUAUAUGCUGCAUAUGGAUUAUAACGACAGCCAGUGUAUGCCGGGCCUGGGUACCAAGGUCCUGUACGAGCUUCUCUAUACGCCUCCCAACAAGCUUAUCGUGCUGACAGGCUGUAGCAUCGUCUCCACUUUCGUGGCGCAGGCGGCCAAGAUGUGGAACCUUAUAGUGUUAGCAUAUGGGUCAAGCUCACCUGCUCUGUCAAACCGCGAGAGGUUCCCCACGUUCUUCCGGACUCACCCCUCGGCCACCCUACACAACCCUACCCGCGUGAAGAUCUUCGAGCGCUUUAAAUGGCGUCGCAUAGCAACCAUCCAGGAAACACAAGAAGUGUUCACGUCGACUGUAGAAGACUUAGAGGAGAGAGUGAAGGCAGCAGGUAUCGAGGUUGCAGUGAGGCAGAACUUUCUCACAGACCCCACGAAUGCUGUGAGGAACCUUAAGCGCCAGGACGCACGGAUCAUAGUCGGGGUGUUCUAUGAGGACAUGGCCCGACGGGUGUUCUGUCAGGCUUACAAAGAGAAGCUGUACGGCCGGAAGUACGUGUGGUUCAUCAUCGGCUGGUACCCGGACAACUGGUAUAAGGUGGAAGAUCCGAGCGUCAACUGCACCGCGGACCAGCUGCGGGAGGCUCUCGAGGGACACAUCACCACGGAGGCCGUGAUCCUGCACCAGGAGAACACGGUCACAUUCUCAAACAUGACCGCACAGAGGUUCAAGCAGAGGUUAGACGCAAUACUGAACGUUCCCGACACCUCCCAGGUGGGCGGUUACCCAGAAGCUCCCCUGGCGUACGACGCAGUUUGGGCGCUGGCACUCGCAUUGAACAAGACCGCGGAAAGGUUGACAGAAAAAGGGAUGAACAUCGAAGACUUCAACUAUACAAGUCCGGAAAUCACUCGUGAAAUAUACACAGCCAUGAACUCUACUCGAUUUCUCGGAGUGUCGGGAAAUGUAGCGUUUUCCUCACAAGGUGACCGCAUAGCGUGGACGAAAAUUGAACAGAUGAUCAACGGAACAUACAUUACUCUGGGGUUUUAUGACCAGGUCUCGGACAAUCUCACGUGGCUAAACAACGAACGAUGGAUAGGCGGCAUUCCUCCGCCAGACAGGACCAUGCAGAAACCGAUCCUCCGAGUGGUCUCCCUUGGUCUUUUCCUCGCCAUGUCCGCCCUUUCCGCUGUGGGGAUCUUAGCGGGGCUGGGAUGUCUGAUCUUUAAUAUUGUCAAUAGACAACGCAGAUGCAUCGCGUUCUCACAGCCGCACGUGAACAGCAUUGUCGUGGUCGGCUGCGUCCUGUGUCUGAUCUCUGUGUUCCUCUUGGGGCUCGAUGGACGCUUCGUGGCGGAGGACUCGUACAGUCUCGUCUGUCAGCUACGAGCUUGGCUGUUAUCGAUCGGUUUCUCGCUGGGGUACGGGGGGAUGUUCUCUAAGAUAUGGGCCGUGCAUCGCCUCACCACGUCAAGACAGAAAGAUAAAAAGAAUGUCAAUCAACUGGAGCUCUAUUUGGUCCUGGUCACCAUAGUGAUCGUUGACAUGGUCGUUCUCACCACGUGGCAGGUGCUUGACCCGAUGUUCCGUGACCUUGAGAUAUUUGAUCUUGAACCGUCACCUUCGACGGAGCAGGAUAUCAUGCUGAAACCCUUCCUGGAGCAUUGCCAUUCAACUAAUAUGUCCAUAUGGCUAGGUGUCGUGUUUGGUCACAAAGGCAUUCUACUCUUGUUUGGUAUAUUCCUCUCAUACGAGACUCGUAGUGUCAAGUUAAAGCAAGUGAACGACUCCCGGUUCGUAGGGAUGAGUAUUUACAACGUAGUCGUGUUGUGCGUCAUUACGGUGCCAAUAGUUCUGAUCAUAGAGAGCCAACAGGACGCCACGUUCGCAUUCGUUGCCUUAGCAAUUAUGUUAUGCAGCUUUCUCUCCAUGGGACUCAUAUUCGGACCUAAGGUUCUGGAAAUACUGCGCAACCCGAAGCGGAACCCGCACGAGGUGCGCUCCCUGACGGAGUCCGUGGUGGGCAAGGAGGAGGAGGAGCGCUACCAGAAACUCCUCACCGAGAACGAGCAGCUUAAGAAGCAGAUAGCAGAGAUGGAAGCCCACGUACGAGAACUUAACGUUCAGUUGCAGGUGAAAAUACGUCAACGCGUCAACCUCACCACGAAAGAGCACUUUAACCACCACAAAAGCUCCAACUCCGUAAACAUCAUUCGCGUAAUCUCCCCUGAAUCAUCCUCCGUCCUCCCCUCCCCGAAACCGGAAGUGCGCAUUGCGCGUGGCGACAAUUUCGUUAACUAUCCGGACUACUUUUCGGACUCAGGCGUGCAUACGAGCUCAACGUGUGCUAAGAGUUCGCGAACAUCCCCUGUUGACAACGAUGUAUAAAAAAAACGAAUCAUUCUUGUAGUGUUACCAUUACUAUCAACCAUUAUGUAUAUGACCAAUGUACAUAUUAACAUUUAUAGAUCCAUACAUACAUAAAUACAAUUCCAAGCGUAUAUUGAUAUGUAUUCUGUAACAAUUGUAACAACUCACACACAUAUGCAUCUUUAUUUUUUUGGCCAAACUGCAAUAGCAUUUUCGUUUGUUUUAAUUAGCUUAUCAUACAGUUAAUGAGGUCCUUGUCGAGCCAGUUGCUGCUUUAUGUGUGGACCCGGAGUGAGCCCCAGCAUUCCAACCUAAUAAACUUACUAGACUCAAGAAAGUUGGGACGAAUGUUAAAUUAUAGGUGCAAUUCCGAGCUAUUUCGUUGUAACUGAAAGAUUUUUCAAUAUUGUGGUGGAUUUGUGUUGUGGGGAAGGAAGCCGAAGUACCCACAGGAAACCCCACCUGUCCGGUAUGAUGACCACCAACCAAACUCGCAUGCUGCGGGGAACGGGAAUUGAACCUGGGUCGCCUAGGGGAGAAGCGAGUGUACCUACCACUGCGCUAGCCGGACAGCCAUUAACUUAUCCUUGAUGACAGAUUAUAUGCAAAUCUGAUUGUACAGCCCUUGUUAUAAUCUUCUUAGUGUAGCGUUCAUGUUUGCAACUGACAACAACUUCAAUUUUCAGCUAAAUCUGUUGUGUGAAAAAAAUGUAAUAUGUGAGCAAGUGAUAUUCGAGUGCAGUUAUUUUAUAUUAAACAAAUUAAAUAUG